AUGGAUGACAGCAAAGUUGCUGUCACACACCUAACCCCUGCUAUGGUAUCAUCUGUCAUUGAUGCUGAGGAGGAGGAAAUUCUCGAUGCAGUUGGAGAUCCUAUCAAACUUCCUGUUGACAUCACACAACCUAACCCCAAUGGCGAGAAAUUCGACAACUUAUACCUGGAUAUGAACGGUAUCCUGGCUCCAGAAACGGCGGAGGAAAUGAUGCUUGAAAUCUUCAAAUACACUAACAGAGUGGUUAACAUGGUGCAGCCGCGCAAACUUCUUUUCAUGGCCAUUGAUGGCAUUGCACCUCGUGCCAAGAUGAAUGAACAGCGAGGUAGAUGGUUCAGGACUGCUCAAGUAGCAAAAGACAAGGUGGAAGCUCAUAAACUUGCUGUCGCUGAGUGGGAAGCUAUGGGUAAAAUUAUUACUGAUGAUGAGAAAAACAAGAAAUCUUGGGACUCUAACACUAUCACACCCGGUACGCCGUUUAUGAACCUUUUAACAGCACCAAUGAAUACUGAUCCAGGGUGGAGAGAUCUGCAAGUCAUUAUCUCGGAUGCAAGUGUGCCUGGAGAAGGAGAGCAUAAGAUUAUGGACUUCAUAUGCAGACAGUGCACAAAUCCUGGUCAUGAGCCUAAUACUCGACAUGUAAUUUAUGGCUUGGAUGCUGAUUUCAUCAUGCUCGCCCUUGCAACCCAUGAACCAUAUUUCCGAGUGCUUCGGGAAGAUGUGUUUGUGCAGGACAAAGGUUCUGGGUGCCGAAUAUGUGGCCAAGAAGGUCACUAUGCCGCUCAAUCCUCCUCCACCGGAAUAAAACCGUUCAUUUUCCUCGAUAUCGCCAUUCUGCACAAGUAUCUGGAAUCUGAGUUGAAUGUGAACAAUACACCCUUCCCUUUUGAUUUGGAACAGGCUAUUGAUUUUCUGUAA